AUGUCUCCCUCUCCCGCAAGCGAGAGUCUUCCAGCUCCCUCCAUGAUCAAAGGUGCAUCCCUCCUCAUCAUCCUUCAACUCGCCUCGCGCCUCAUAACCUUCAUCGCCAACCAACUUCUCCUGCGCUACCUCACCGCGCCUCUUCUUGGCCUAUCUACGCAACUUGAGGUGUAUUAUCUCUCUGUCCUGUUCUUCGCGCGCGAAAGUCUCCGCGUGGCGAUUCAGCGGAGGGAUGCUGGGUCUAAAGCUAAAGAGGAGAGCCAGGCUGUUGUGAACUUGGGAUAUCUCUCCAUCGGACUUGGCACAUUUGUCAGUCUUGGUCUGGGAUGGAUGUAUCUUGCGUAUGCCACUGAAGCUACGCUCUCAACGCCGUAUCUCGUCGAGUCGUUGUACAUCUAUGGAUUUGCGGCUAUGGUUGAGUUGCUGUCUGAGCCGUGUUUUGUCCUUAUGCAAACGCGAUUGCAGUUUGGCACACGGGCUGCCGCGGAGUCUAUUGCUACGUUUCUACGCUGUGCUAUUGUAUUUGGUUCUGCAGUCUGGGCCUCCAAGCACAACGAUAUCGGAGUCUUACCAUUCGCUUUAGGGCAAAUUACUUACGGCUCUUCAUUACUUCUCGUCUAUCUUAUCUCAGGAUAUCGUCUCGCGUCUUCAAUUGGCUUCUCCCUUCUACCCAAAACCAUCCCUUCAAAGGACAACCGCUUCUGGGGCUCCAUGUUCGACAGGCCAACAAUAAGCCUCGCAAGAAGUAUGAUGGCCCAGAGUGUGGUGAAGCAUCUCCUUACCCAGGGUGACACCUUUCUCAUCUCUUUACUUGCAUCCACCAAUGUCCAAGGCGCAUACGCGCUUGCAAACAACUACGGCAGCUUGCUUGCCCGUCUUCUCUUCCAGCCCGUUGAGGAAAGCAGCCGAAGUUAUUUUUCACGAUUGCUCUCAUCUGUAACACCUACCAAAGAAGGCGGCAAGCCAGCUCCGACUGUGACCGAAGCGAAGCAAAAUUUGCAAACUCUUCUUCGACUUUAUAUCCUUCUAUCGUCAAUCAUCAUCAGCUUUGGGCCAUUUGCAGCCCCGCCUCUUCUGUCGAUUGUGGCAGGCAAACAGUGGGCGGGUUCAGGGGCUGGAGAUGUUCUGGCAGCAUACUGCUUCUACAUUCCCUUCCUUGGACUCAACGGUCUUACAGAAUCUUUUGUAGCAUCAGUCGCUACGGAGGCUGAGGUUCAUAAGCAGUCUGGCUGGAUGGGUGCCUUUUCCGUCGUCUUUGCUGCCUCGGCCUACCUCUUUAUGAGAGUAUAUCCCCUCGGUGCCAUUGGCCUUGUAUUGGCCAAUAUGAUCAACAUGGCAUGCCGCAUUGUGUGGAGUGGAACAUUCAUCAAGAGCUUCUUCAAAAGGCACGGCACCAACUUUAACAUCAAGACUCUGCUUCCUGGGAGCACACUUGGUGUCUCAGUUGCCACAGCCAUUCUUCUCAAGCAACUAAAAGUCGUAGACAACACAGAUCAACCGAUCAAAUCUCUCAUCAAGAUCGCUGGCUCGGCCAUCCCAUUAUUGCUUCUUAUGUAA